AGACAAAACUCACAAAUUCGAACCUUGACCAUACAUCAAUCACUAGAUUAGAGGCUUUGAAUUGUCGUUCAUGUUUACAAUUGGCGGCGAUGACCCAACAAAUGAUUCCCAUCAUCCGUAAAUAUAUUAACCUCGCUGAUAAAAAUCCAUAAACAUCUCUUUCUCCCUUGCUCUCUGGAUCUGCGGAGCUUUGUUCGUCUCAGCCCAGGAAAAAGAGAACAAUAAAAUAUUGUCUUAGCGAGCGGCAGAAAGAGUGGGAUUUGAUUCCAAAUGCAUCAUAAAAGGAAGAAGGGGAUUUAUCAGUCUCAAAUGAUUAGAGUAACUCAGAAAGAGACUGCCAUAUAAAAAAUAGACAGUGAGAAAGUAUAUUUAGUUGAAUCCCAUCGACCGUCACUGACAGUGGGAGAGAGAUGACAGUGGAAGAACGAGUAGUGGUGGCUAAUGGAGGACGAGACAACAAAAUCGUGACUAAUGGAGGAGGAGACAACAAAAUCAUCAACAACGCUAGUGUUGCAUCUGCUACUACUUCUACUACUGAGAAUGGAGGAGGAAUAACCAUGAACAGUUACAUUAAGAAAUCUCUGAAGGAGGCUGAUCGACGGAGGAGGAGGAGGAAGCAAAAGAAAAACAAGACUCAUAAUAACAAUGCUGAUACGGCUGCUACAAGGGAUGUUGAUGAUGAUGAUAAUGAUCACGGUGAUGUAAAAACAACUAUCCAUCAUGAGGGUCAGGAGCGAGUUGAAGUGGAGUAUGUUCCAGAAAAGACAGAGUUGGAUGAAGAUCUCUUAGAUGAUUUUAAAAAGGUCUUUGAGAAGUUUAGCUUUGGGGAAGCUGCACUUGGUGACAAGGAUGAUGAUAAGAAGGAUGAAGCAGGUCUAGAUGCAGCAGCGGCAGCAGCAAAGAAGCAAGCUGACUCUGAUGAGGAUGAGGAUGAGCAAGAUGGCCAACAAAAAGAAAAAGGCGUCUCUAACAAAAAGAAAAAGUUGCAAAGGAGGAUGAAGAUUGCGGAACUGAAACAAAUAUGCUCGAGGCCUGAUGUGGUUGAGGUUUGGGAUGCAACUGCAGCAGAUCCCAAGUUACUUGUAUUCUUGAAAUCGUACCGAAAUACAGUACCUGUUCCAAGACAUUGGUGCCAGAAACGAAAAUUCCUACAGGGAAAGCGUGGCAUUGAAAAACAGCCUUUUCAACUUCCAGAUUUUAUUGCGGCAACUGGUAUUGAGAAAAUAAGACAGGCAUAUAUUGAAAAGGAGGAUAGUAAGAAGUUGAAACAGAAGCAAAGGGAACGUAUGCAACCAAAGAUGGGAAAGAUGGAUAUUGAUUAUCAGGUCCUCCAUGAUGCAUUCUUUAAAUAUCAAACAAAACCGAAAUUGACUACUCAUGGUGAUCUUUAUCAUGAAGGGAAGGAAUUUGAGGUCAAGCUCAGGGAGAUGAAACCUGGCAUUCUCUCUCAGGAGCUAAAGGAAGCUCUUGGUAUGCCUGAAGGUGCACCACCUCCUUGGCUCAUCAAUAUGCAGAGAUAUGGUCCUCCGCCAUCUUAUCCGCAUCUGAAAAUUCCUGGUUUGAAUGCUCCUAUUCCACCUGGAGCUAGCUUUGGUUAUCAUCCUGGAGGUUGGGGCAAGCCUCCUGUUGAUGAAUUUGGACGCCCGCUAUAUGGAGAUGUUUUUGGUGUCCAACAGCAAGAACAGCCUAAUUAUGAGGAGGAACCUGUUGAUAGGAGUAAGCAUUGGGGCGACUUGGAGGAAGAGGAGGAGGAAGAAGAAGAGGAGGAGGAACAGAUGGAAGAAGAAGAAUUGGAGGCUGGUAUUCAAUCAGUUGACAGCCUCUCCAGUACGCCAACUGGUGUGGAGACACCUGAUGUCAUUGAUCUUCGAAAGCAACAGAGGAAAGAGCCAGAGAAGCCUCUUUAUCAAGUACUUGAAGAGAAGGAAGAAAGGAUUGCACAAGGAACCUUACUCGGAACAACGCACACGUAUGUGCUUGGGGCAACAGAUAAAACUGGUGCUAAAAGGGUUGAGCUACUGCGAGGGCAAAAGUCGGACAAAGUGGAUGUCACUCUUAGGCCGGAAGAUUUAGAGGCUUUGGAUGAUGUUACUCUGGCAGCAAAGUAUGAGGAAGCAAGGGAAGAGGAGAAGCUGCGGAAUCAACGAGAGGACUUCAGUGACAUGGUGGCAGAGGCUGAGAAAAAGAGGAAGCGCAAGAUGCAGGAAAAGGAAGGGAAGGCAAAGAAGAAGGAUUUCAAGUUUUAGGCACAUAAGUAUGCAUAAAUUUUGGAAAAGCAUGAAUGCUCCCCCACCCCGUUGGUUAGAUUCUGUUUGGCCAAUAUAUUGUGAACUCUGAAGUUAGAAGAAUCGGGUAUUAUUAACAUGUAUAAUGUGAAUUUCUUUGGACCAUUUUUGGCCCAUGUUGGAGCGAUUAGUGAAUGGACAGGGUAAGGAUUGAUGUUUAAAGGGAAUUACCGUAUUAGUUAGUGGAUCCAUUCAGUCCUGGAUGAUCUUUGUGGAAAGUUGCAAGUGAUUUUGUCGUCUGUUUUCCUUUAGGCAAGGCAAGAUGGCUAGCAUGAAAUUUUAGA